AUGGCAACAGAAACUGAGAAUACAGAAAAUGUUGAAACUAUUGAUAUUGAUGCUACUGCCAUUGAACCGGAAGAUGGUGCCGAUCUGGAGAAAAAAUCAGCCCACUAUUGUUACCAUCAAGGUCGUAUUAUUAUGAACGGACGUGGACAGAGAGAUCCCGAUUCCUGUUCAAUAUUUAGAUGUAAUAACGGUCGAGUUAGACAAGAGCAGGAUCAAUGUAAACAUAAAGGAAGGUGUCAUCAAGUUGGCCGAUCCUGGAACGAGGACUGUACAACUUAUAGAUGUGACAGAAGAAGAGACAGAAAGAAUAGAAUCCGAUUUGUUGCCAGCCCUGUUUCUGCAAAAUGUGUUGAUGCCCACGGUAAUUGUCGUCGACCAGGAGAGAAGUUCCCACACGUUCAGAAUGGUAGAUACCGCAGUAGAUGUACUUGCAGACAGUAUAAAUAUGGUAAUGAAAUGAGAACUAGAUACAAAUGUUAG